AUGGGAGAACUGCGUAGAUAUAAACCAAAUUUAUUAAUCACCGGUACUCCAGGUUGCGGUAAAUCCACCACAUGUGAACUACUACAACGUAAUCUUCCUGGUUACAAAUACUAUGAUAUUUCUAGUUUUGCUAAAGAACAUAAUUGUUACGAUGGUUAUGAUGAAGGUCGUAAAUCACAUAUCGUCGAUGAAGAUAAACUGCUCGAUGAGUUAGAACCUCUAUUAGCUGGUGGUAGUAGCAUAAUUGACUGGCAUGUAAAUGAUGUAUUUCCAGAACGUUUGAUAGAUCUAGUGGUAGUAUUAAGAUGUGAUAAUUCUACGCUGUAUGAUAGACUAAAUAAGCGAGGAUAUCAUGAUUCCAAAAUUCAAGAAAACUUAGAUGCAGAAAUUAUGGGCGUAUUGCUACAGGAUGCUAUGGACUCCUAUGAACAAGAAAUUGUAGUUGAAUUACAAAGUAAUAAUACCAAAGAGAUGGAGGCCAAUGUAGAUAGGAUAACAGAAUGGGAAAAGAUGUGGCUGAAACAACAUAAGGAUGGUGUAUCCAGUGAACCACCAAAGCAAAAGCACAAGAAAACAGCUGAAUAUAGUGAUGAGGAAGAAGACGAUGAAGAAGAAGAAGAAGAAGAAGAAGCAGAAGAAGAAGCAGAAGAAGAAGAAGAAGCAGAAGAUUCGGCUAGUUCUUCCGAUGAUAAUGAUGAGGAAUAG